AUGACUAUGGACAGAUCGAAACUAGCCCCGGGCCAAACUAGCACCUAUGGCCAGGCUUGCACCCAUUGCUACAAGGCAAAAUCCCGAUGUCUUCGCCUUGGGAAAAGGUGUGAGCCAUCAGAGUCCUUUCGCAAGCGUAAUGCUCAAACAACUCCAACCGAUGUGUCCGAUACACGCAUCGCUCGGCUGGAAAACAAGAUCGAGAGCUUGCUAUCUGCAAUGCAAUCUUUUAUCGGUUCCACGGCUGGUUCUGGGUCUACGUUCAACAUCCCACAACCCCCUUCCCUCAAUGGAGACAGCAUUUCAUCAGCCACGUCUUAUUCGAAUAACACUCUGAUAAACCCCACAAGCACUAAUAUGAGCUACAAUGAGCGGCCUACAUACUCCACCAACUCGAUUGCCACAGUAUCGGUAAAUCCAAAUCCGACUUUCCAGUGUCAUCCUUAUCCUCUAUCGCCCUCUACUCCAUUGCCAAAUCAAGCAGACGAACGGCUCAAUUUCUUCCGAUCUCGAAUGCUGCCAUAUUUCCCUUUCAUCAAUCUUACCCCAGAUAUGACAAGCUGGUAUCUCCGCCAAAACAGGCCAUUCUUGUUUCAAGCUAUUCACACCGUUACCACCUUCUCGACACAGGAAAGAUUAAUUCAAGUUGAGGAACUGAAGCGUCUUCUGUUCACAUCUGCUUUAAUCAAAGUCGAGUCAAAUAUCGACCUGUUGCUUGGACUACUAACUUAUCUAGCAUGGAGUACCGAUGCUUUCCUUGGAAGGGCGGACCUGAUCUCUCGUCUCAUGAUGCUCGCUAUCUCGCUAGUAUAUGAUCUACGGUUAUUCAAACCAUCCUCACCAGAGGUAAAACUCAUGAUGACUAUUACCCAGGGGCGGGAAGACCAAGAUGGUCACAGUCCCAGCGAGGGAACCCCCUACAGCUUAUUAGAAGGGCAACGGGCAGUACUGGCUUGUUUCAUUUUGAGCUCCAAGUGCGCAUAA